AUGGCCGAAAUGGGCGCCCUCAAGAUGGACAAUCCUCUACCUUCCCCAGCCUUCACCAACAAUCACCACGAACACACCCUGAAAGAAGAAUCCUGGAAACACCGCGCUCCAUAUCAAAUCCAAAGCCCCCAGGAAUUCGGACCCGUCAAGUGGCGCGCGAAGUGCAAAUGCGGCAAGAUCUCAUAUACCCUUCGACAAGACAAGCCACUGAAUGCCAAGUUCUGUCACUGUCGCGGAUGUCAGGUCAUGCAUGGCGCUCCCUUUCAAUGGGCAGCGAUCUUUCACAAGGAGGAUGUCAACUUUGCCAAAGGGUGCAGUGGCUUGUCUUUUUAUUCUUCUUCCCAGAAUUCUCAGAAGUAUCAGAUGCCUACUAAGGUGUCGUGUUCGUACUGUCAUACGCUUAUCAUGGACGAGGGACGCAACGUUUGUUUGUUGUUUCCGCAGUUGAUCGAGUUUGAGGGCUCGCUGGAUGAGCAGAGGAAGCAGAGGGAUGCAUUCAGACCGACAUGCCAUAUUUUCUACGAACAGCGGAUGAUGGAUAUCCCUGAUAGAACGCCAAAAUGGUCAGGCAUGGAUGGGACCAGCCACUUAUUGGAUGAUGAGGGCAUUCCCAUUGACCAGCAAUGUGACGAGAUGAGAGGAGACAAUAUGUGA